UUUGUGUUUAAUCUCACUGGACACAAUACGCAGUUCAAAUUAUAAUCUAAUUUCAAGAUAAAUUCAUGAUCGAGUCGCAGCUGUAUCCACUAGUAUCCGCAACUUAGUGACCGAUCAGUUUUCAACAGACGCUGCUUGAUUUACACAUCAACUAGCUGUGAAAAAAAUGGAAUCAAAAACAUUAUUAGUAUUUGCCGUUUUGCUGUUGAGUCUUGGUGUUUAUUGUUAUGCGGCAGAUAUCGAGGAUUGUGGGUCAGCAGUUGGGUCAAUAGUCAAAGUAGAUAUCGCCGGGUGUGGAGACAAGGCAAGAUGCCCCCUAAAAAGGAAUACCAAUGCCACCAUGAAUAUUGAUUUUAAAUCAAAUGUGGACUCAUCGAAUGUGACAGCAGUCGUUUAUGGAAUAGUCCUCGGAAUCAAAACAAGUUUCGCAUUGCCGAAUCCCAAUGGCUGUGUCGACUCAGGAAUAAGCUGUCCAAUAAAGGCUGGAGAAACUUACACUUACAGUACAACAUUGCCAGUGGAAAGCUCAUAUCCAAGAGUGACUGUGACCAUCCAGUGGGAACUUCAAACUGAUGACGGUAGCGAUUUGAUCUGUGCAAAGAUUCCAGCUAAAAUAAUUUGAUUAUCUUAUUAUUGUCAAUCUCAUUUCAAUAAUGAAUGCCACUUAAUAAAAAUAUAAUACAACCAUUGAGUAUAUAUGAAAAAAGGUUCAAACCACGAUUUAAAAUGUUUGCUUUAUUAUGAGCCAUAAAAUAUUGUGUACAAUAGAUUUCCAUCAUUAAUUUCUAUAUCUAAGUCUCACUUUUAUGCAGAACUUGGAAGGAUGGAAAAAAACUAACCUAUCUAAAAUAACAUUGAUCUAUUUUUUAACAAGAAUGGAAAGUAUCUGUACAAAAGUAUAAAAAUAGUUUUUCUUAUCUAAAAUGUACACUUUAUACAAUAGGCACUACAGUACUUUAUGUUUUCAGACAUUCCUAAAUUUAAAAUUAAUUAAAUGGAAUUACUAGUUUUUUCGGUGACAAUAUAACCAUUUAGAUUAAAUACUAGGCUUCCAUAGUGAAUAUUUUGAAAAAGUGAGAAUAGUCUAAAAAUUUCCAAAGUAUUGUUAAAUGGAAUUGACAUGACUAGUUAAGAAAACAUACCUACAACUUCAAUAAUUAAAGGUGAUGAUUCAUUAUGUCCAAUAUAAGAACUAGGCUAAAAAAUGCAUCGAAUUUGAGACAAUUUAACGCUUACCAACCUGAUUUUUUCCUAAUUCUUCAAACUAACACGUUCAGCGGAACGAAAUUCUCUAGGCAUAUUACUGAGAUUUUUCAGUCAUAUAGUAUUCAAGGCAAUGAUAAAUAUAUACUAUACUAAAACCGUGGAAACGGUAAAAUGAAGCCAUGGUUGCAUUGCUUCAAGAUGGGAGCGUUUUUGAGGUUCUUAGAAAAAACAAAAUACGAAAGUGGGGCUAGUAUAGUUUGGUGAAGCAAAGGAGCAUAUCUAGACAUCUUAGUCUGCAAUAGGUACCUACAUUCAUAUUUUCCAAAUCAUAUAACAUAUCACUAUUAAUAAUUAGCAAUGAUAAUUGCAUUGAUAUUUAAUGGGAUUAUUGUUGUUAGAGCUGAUCGGUACAGUCUUUCCAAAUUUAGUUGGAGAGCCUUGAUUAAGGAAUGUUCGCCACGCGUUUGAACAUUAAAUGGAUCGAGCUCGCGUCAUAUGUCUUUUGCUGGAGUCACCCCAAUUGACUUUGGAAAGACUAUACCAACAUUCAACGAUAUUCAGAUACUA